AUGGAUAUUCAUGUUCUUCAAAGCCAGCCCGCCCAGAAGGUCGCGUUUAAAGACUCUUCCACGGUUCGUAUGGGUAAUAAACUUGUUCGCAAUAAGCCACCCACCCAGCCCUCUGCUAUGCGCCCCAGGCGUAAUUCAAACGCUGUAAAAAGUAAUGUACAGACUGCAAGUGAAGCGGGAGUUGUUGUUCCACCCGCCCAACCCACGAGUUGUCAUUUGGUCAGCGGCGGGUUCCAGCCGCGCCUUCCGACUUCGCUGCCGCCCCCAGGGCAGCAGCAGCAGCCGUCGCCGCUACCACGCCGACAGCCCGUCCCGUUGAUGCCUCCCACGCAGCUUCAUCCGGGAGCGCCCCAGGUGGUCGCUCCGGCGCCUGCGGUCCCUCUUCAGUCGCCACCGCCUUCGGAGCUGAUGGACGUCGACCCCUCAGCCGGGCCGCCUUCCCAAGCGGUGGCUGUGCAGCCUAUCCUGCAGCCGCUUUCCUUGGGCACCCCCAAGGAGUCUGACACCGCAGCGCCUUGUCCGGCGCCCACUCAGCAGCCGUCGCCGCAGCGUCAGGAGACGCUGCCUCUCUUCGUGGGUCCCGACGCCCCGUCGCGUCCAGUACCAGAAGCUGCUCAGCACACGCGACGCGUGGCGCUGUUCGAGAUGUCGAUGAGAGAGGACGCUUUACUUGCGAAGGGUGUGGCGGAUCGCCGUCCGUCGGGGCCGACUCAGGCGACUGAAUUGGUCCCGGUGGCGGCCCCAUCCGGCUCCCCACUUAUGACGAACCGGCUUUCGACAACUGACGCUGACAGGUUUGACUCUACGGAUUUUGACGCGCACUCUCGUCAUCGAGUGUUCAUUCUUAUGAACAAACUCGCCCACGGGGGCCCCUACCCUGGUCGAGAGGACGACGAGGCGGCUAUACUCGCCUUCUGUAACAUUCAGAAGGCUGCCGCUCUACCGCACACGAGGCAGCAUGUGUCGGGUGUGCCACCGAGAGCCCCGCCGGUCGCAUCGCAUGAGUUUGCGGUCCCGGCGGUGGCGGCCUCGGCGGGAGUUGCGCCGCUGGCCUCGACCACUGAAGAGGUCGAUGUGCCCCCGGUUGCCCCCCUGGCCCCAGAGACACGGGAAGAGCCCGUGGCUGCGCUAGCUGCGGCCACCGAGAUGGAGGACAUCGACCUGCCCGACGCAAAUCUGGCUGAGGCGAUUGCCGAGUCGGAGCGCCGUGACACCGACCUUGACGUUGCCCGCGCGCCCAGAAAGCGCCGGGCUGUGACGCAUGACGAUUCUGACACUCCCUCUCAGACAUCUGAAGCAGCGAGGCCGCGGAAGAAGGCCACCAGGGCCUCCCGCACCUCCACCACAGAGUCUGGGCUGACUAUCGCCGUGCAGAAGUCGACGAGGACCACGCAGCGGCCCACUCGUUCACCUGCCGCUUCCCGACAGCCGGACGAGGAUGGUUUUGUCGCCCCACCCCGGCGGCACACUGCCAGGGCUGUUGCGCUGCAAGCACCCGACCCCGCUGCCGACCGCCAACACGUUUGCGGGCGCCAGCGUCGAUGCGAUGGAGGAUGGCGCCGCGCCUCCGGCGCCGGCCCAAAAGAAGCCGCCUCCUAUCGUCAUCCAAUAGGCCGGCGAGUGCAAGGAGUUCCAGCACAAACUGGACAGGGUGGCCACGUCCGCCGCUGUCAAGAACGCUGGCCGUGA